AUGGAUGGAACGAUUACUUGUAGACCAAGGGGUUGGAGGUUUGGUACCUGGAAUGUAGGCACGUUGACAGGAAGGAGUUUGGAAGUGGUGGAGGAGUUGCAGAGGAGAAAGGUCGACGUGGCUGCAUUACAGGAAAUCAGAUGGAAGGUAGAGGGUACAAAGUUUGUGGGGGCUAAAGGUGGAAGGUAUAAGUUGUGGUGGAAGGGGGUUGAUGGUACGGGAGGAGUUGGUGUGAUGGUAAGAGAAGAGUUGGUAGAGAAGGUGUUGGAAGUGAGGCGGAAAAGCAAUGGUGUAAUUGUGGUGGUGAUGGUGUUUGGAAAGGUAAUAGUGAGGGUAAUAUCAGGAUAUGCUCCGCAACAAAGUAGAAAGGAAGAGGAGAAGGAUAGGUUUUAUGAUGAUGUUUCUGACGAGAUUGGGCAAGCGAGGUUGGAUGAGUUUGUGGUGUUGUUAGGUAAUUUGAAUGGUCAUGUGGGGGCGGAUGCAGACGGGUAUGAAGGUGUACAUAGGGGAUGGGGAUAUGGUAUACGGAAUGAGAAAGGGCGUAGAGUGUUGGAGUUGGCGGAUGCACAUAGCAUGGUGGUGGGGAAUACCUGGUUUACAAGGGAACCAGCACGAUUAAUUACAUAUAGAUCAGGGGAGCAUUGGUCAGUGAUAGACUAUAUAUUGAUAAGGGCGAAGCAUAGAAAGUAUGUAAGGAAUGUGAAGGCGAUACCUGGUAUGUUGCAGCAUAGUAUGGUUGUGAUGGAUGUGGCAUCAAAAGAAAUGGGGAGGAGGAAGAAGGAUAAGGAUGCGGUUGCCAUCUUCAUUCCGUUCUCCAUAGCCAAAACCGCCAUGCACGUUGUCAAAACUAUCUGUUUUCUUUCCAACGGGACCAUUGGGAUUGCCUACAAUCAGGAUUGUUUCAGAUUUCGGUAUUGUUUCAGUGAUCCAACAUUGAGCGUUCCAAGUCUAAGUACCAUAAGGGAUCAUUCUGAAUUUUUCUGCAAUACCCCUCCGCUAUUGCAUACUUCCCAGAGAUUCUUAGCACCCCUUGACCACUUAAGGCCUGCUGGGGACUAG